GAUCCCGGGAAGAAGAGAAAACGUUGGGCCGGCGGCUCCCAGGGUGCAGCGCCGCCCUCAUGGAGCCCAACGUGCGCUUUUGGACCGCCGAACGCCAAUCUUUUGUUCAAAGAUUUCUUCUGUGGACAGAAUUAUUAGACCCUACAAAUUUGGUCAUUUCGAUUGAAAAAAUAGAAAAAUCGAGGCAACUCUUAUCAACAGAGGCAGCCAGAGGGAACGUGGAGGACAAGAAGAUACAAGAGGCUUGGAAGAAAAGUCUUUCAACGGUGAAUCCUGACAGUAGCAAACUGAUCCCCGCUCCUUUUCGACCUGCAGCUUUCCUGCCUUUCACAGGGCCCGUGGUAUUUUUUUCGAUGAUGCCAUCGAAAGGGAUAAAGUCCAUGAUUUUACCUCAGCUUUCUUUCUAUACCUACACUACAGCCUUCAACAUCAUCAAUGGAAACUCAAGUUACCAUCAUCACCCACGAGAGAGUCUGUUACUAGGGGCAGGAGUGAUUGCUUCGUCAACCUUUUUCGGAAUAAUUCCUCACUUGGCACAAAUGAAGUAUUCCUUGGAUAACUAUCUCGUCCGCUUUUUGCUCAGAAGAGUCCUUCCUGUCCUCUUCAUCGCCCAAGUCAGUGGGAUGAAUGUUCUUGCAUCCCGAAGUUUGGAGCCCACGCGAGGCAUCAAGGUCAUGGACAAAGAAGGCAAAGUCAUAGGCCAUUCCAGAAGAGCCGGGCAAAAGGCGGUCAAAGAAACAGCAAUAUCCAGAACAGUGUUGUUUGGGACCUCAGCCUGUGUCCCAGAAGUCUUAGCAUACUUUUUCAAAAGGACUCAGUGUUUCCUGCAGCACCCAAGGUCCUUAUGGGCUGUGAAGCUGUCCUGUACCAUCCUGGUCAUGGGGUUGAUGGUGCCAGUCUCCUUUGGCAUGUUCCCACAGAUUGGACAGAUACAGUGCAGUAAACUUGAAGAGGAAAUUCGGUCUUCAACAGAAGAGACAGAACUCUUCUAUAACAGAGGGGUGUAGGGCGAGUUUUAGGUGAAUCUACCUGCUUCCUGCUUGAAUGCCUUCCCCUCUUCAGGUUUGUGUUUGGAUUACCCCGCCAGGUCUCUGGGACCCUCGGUGUCUGUGUAGAGAGGACGCUCGUGGGUAC